GAACGUCAGUGUUUACAUCAGCUAACCGGAAGAGAGUCCAGGCAACAUGGUAGAAAUGUGAUAUUUUAGCAGCCAUUAUCGCCAUUCUUCUACGGGCUAUUUAAAGCGAUGUAAAAGGAUGAUUUGCCCCCAAAUUGACCUGUUAUAUUGAGAUACAAGGGAAUAAUAUUUUCCCACACUUUGUAUUUAAUUUGUAGUCACCCGAUGUCUAAAAUCAGCGCCAGAAAUGUCCAAAUCUGCCUUACCUUCUCUUCAUCAAGCACUGAAGAAAAGCUUCCAAAGUCUUGAAAACAACCAGAGGAUAUGGAAGAGCGUGUUGGCUGAGUGUAGCCCUCUGAUGGUUUCCCUGGAGAACUUGGCAGAGCAGUCGCGAGCGCUUUCUAACGUCCAGAUCUCUAACACACCGCUCAGAGACUUUCCUGAGCUGGAGGAGAGGCUGCGUUUUAAGCUCCUGCAAGCCACGGAUACAGUGCUCUCCAAACUCAACGAGAAGAUGUCUUCUCUGCAGUCUGUCAGAGACUCCAUCAGUAACCAGGUCUCUGCAGUCCUCCAGCUUUACGAGCAGAACUCAGACAGCCUGGAUCUUGCAGCUCUGACAGAGCGCUCAGCCACCGCCCCGUCUGUCUCAGACAUGCUGGGGUGGCUGCAGGAUGCAGAGCGUCACUAUCGACAGCAGUUUCUUAGGAGGAAGGCUCUGCUGCAGACAGUCAGAGCGGAUGAUCUGUCCGGGUUAGAAAAUGCUCCCAAAAGAUGGAAAUCAAUGGAGUCUUCCAGUGCUGAAGACCAAAUCACAGAUAUACUCUGCAAAGUUUCCUUUUUUGUUGAGUCCCAAUGACAGAAGAAAGAUCAUUGUAAGUGGAACUCACCUGUAACUGAAACAGAAGACUGGGAUUGUAAAAGGAGUGUUGUUCAAAUGCACGCAAACCUCAAAGACUGGAUCGUUUGUUUUGCGUGUGAACGUGCCUGGACAUGUUCGUGAAUUGGGAGUUUUUUAGAUGACACUGUCAUCACUUUGGACUUGAUAUAUGACACAGUGAAGUCACUAUUGCUCGACUACAUUGCACAAAUAUAACAUAUUUGUUUUAGCUAGUUAGUACACAAAAUGAUAAAGACAACUUCAAAACAGUUAGUGAAGCAAGCUUUUACAAACCUGUUUUAUUUCACACUUUGAAUGUAGGAACACUCAGUGAAGGCUUUAUGUGACAGAUCAGAAGGUAACAUUGACAUCAGAAUAUAAACUGCUCAUGUAAAUCACUGCAAUCAUCACAACACAAGCCAUCAUAGAAGCCAUCAUCACUGUCAUCAUGUACGUCUUGUGAUUCAACACAGGCUUUCUUCAGGCUCUUCUUUGAAUCUCAGUGCGGUCAAAGCAGAGACUGUAUAGAAGAAGUGGACGUAAACACCUUCAUGAGACACACUGAUCCCUUAAAACCCUGGAAUGAGCAUUUUUGUUAUCACCAUAUUGGUUUGUUGGGGCCAGAAGUGCCAGAAAUUGUGGAUAGACAGCGCUUUGUGUCAUUCUUAGUCACCCCCCUGCUGGCCAUUAGGAAGAAUCCAGCUUUAAGGUACUUCAACAUUCGCUUCACUUUUCAAACCAAGAGGCUAGGUCCACUUCUUUUACACAGUCUGUGAGUAAAAGUCACAUUUCAAACAAACUUGAAUGUUUUUAUUACUGCAGACAUGUUUGACAUUAAAAAGAGAUACAAAAUAAGCAAAA